AAAACUGUUGUUGGGUUACGGUGCGUCGACAACUGUUUGACCUCCCAGAUUGUGGUCUCAGCUUUCACAUUGUCGUUAUCCUCACCAAUUAUUAUUUCUCUGGUCUUCACCUUUUCCCAGUAAAUAGUACUUCUUAGCUAAAAACAAAAUCCUACCAAAAGUUGAAAACUACAUCAAUGAUGGAUCCAAACGCUCCUGUUGUACCCCAAGAAAUAAGCACUGAUCAACCUGUUUUAUCAGAUGAGGAAAAUGCAAGGCUACAAGUUGAAUUGUCUCAGGUUGAAGAAGAAAUUCGUCUCCUUCAAGAAACUCUUGUUGUUAAGCAGCGCCGAUCUAACGAGAUAAAAAAGGCUCUUGGUUUUACCACACUUUCUACAUUGCAGUAUGACCUCAUGGAAGGUAUUCAUAAAUUGGAAGAUACAGAAGCAUAUAUCAAAACAAGCGAACUUUUAAGUAAAGCUAAAGAUAAGACCGUCAAUGUAGCCCAAGAUGCUAAAGAAAAAGUCGGGUCAACAAUUUCUGCUAUUCGGAAUUCAGAGGUUGUGAAAUCAUUGAAUGAUAAAGUUGGUUCUGCUUAUUCAACAGUUAAAAUACUUUGUAUGGAUAAAUUUACCCACCUACCAGCAAUUACAUGGAUUCCCUCCAAGAAUGGAAUUCGUGAUGUUAUAAUUCAUUCGACGUAUGGACAUUCACCAGAUGAUGGGACUGAAUAUGUUAGUAAUAAUAAUACCAAGAAAUAAUGUGAGAUUAUUAUUACAUUCAAAAUACCGUCCAUUCAUCGACUUGCAGUGUUGUCGCCAUUUCAAUUUUUUGUGUAUAAAUUAUUGUACACUGUUCUCAUUAUUUAGUUAAAUUUUUCCUUCAUUUUCGCCUGAUUCAAAUGCUACUUUUUUAUUCGUAUACUGACACAAUUCAUGUAUCCUAUAUACAAGAAAAAAUGGAAAAGCUAAUAUUACUGAUUAUUUCUAAUUGCUUUGAAAUACAACAUUAGUUGACAAUUUGU